AUGAAGUGGCUAGUUUUUGGUAUUAUAUUCAUAAUAUACAAUUACAUCAUAUUAUGUCAAGAUAUUGUAUUCCCAGAUGAUGAGGAAUUGUCUCAUGUUGGUGGCAACAGUGGAGUGAUAACAGAACGUAUUCCAAUAUCCUCGCCAAGUGAAUGUCCGGAAAAUAUGCUCCUUUUUCCUGGAUAUGGGACUACAUGUGUAUGCGAUUGCAGACCUAGAUUUUUAUAUUUUCCUACAAACGACAGCUGUCAUGAAGCCUACAUGCAAGGGCCCUGCCCAUUGAAUUAUUAUGUAGUACUGCCUAAAAAUGAGGCUGUACCACGAUGUGUGGAAAAUCCAUGCCUUACAGAUGGUGUAGUACAAUACAAUGGUGUAUGUUAUCCUCUAAGAACCAUAGGUGGUCCGUGUGGUCCAGAAGGAGUAUUGGGAGUAAAUGAGACUACUUUCGAAUUGGAAUGUGUCCCAGCAAAUGUUGCACCAUUCUUAAUAAUUGACGCACCUAAACGGCGGUGUCCUGCCGGAACCCGUAGAAACAGUCUCGGAAUAUGUAGAGACAUAAUCUGA